AAGUAAUUCUAAAUGGCCCAGGCCCACAGAGCGUAACAUUUUGUUGACAUUAACUUUGGAUCUAAACAAGUGGCUUCUCAGGUUAAUACUUUUCUUGCAACACUAGAGGACAACUGGAAGGUGUUUUGGUUUGAUCGUGCCAACUAAGAGAAUUGGAGAUUAUCGUAAAAAUGUACUAGAUUUGAAUUAGAUUUGGGAAUUGGGUAUUGUUAGAAGGAAACAAUGAAUUCAACUGGGAGGUCUGAUAAGGCACAGAAGGCAGCUGUGCCUCUGAGUAAUUAUGAAUUUGAUUUUGGGUUAGGAUCCAACUUUUCUACCAGUCAAAAAUCCAAAAGCCUGAAGGAGCAGAAACAUAACCCCACUCCAAUUCAACCAUUUUCAGCGUCUCAAACUCAUAAACCUGCUCCAGCAUGGACACCCAAUAAGCCCUCAUGGACACCGCAGCCUUCAUCUACCCCUGCUUAUAAGCCUGCUCAAGCCGGGGUUUCAAGUGGAUGGAGUGGACAAUCUGGGAUCUCAAGUGUAUGGUCUGCCCAACCCCAGAUGGCUGGGGAUAUCCAUGGAAAGAGUUGGGCUAAACCAGAUUCUUCCAAGCAGGUUGCCAGUGGGAUUGUUGGAGGUUUGAAUUCAGGAGCUGCUCCCCAUUUGUUUGGAGAUCUGCUUGGGGCAGCCCUAGGGCAGCAAAAGAACAAUACUCCCUUGAAGCAAACUUCCCCUAACACAUCCUUUUCCAUGAGUGGCAUGUCAGCGGCAUUGCCUAAAGGUGGAAUUUCAUUGAAGGAUCAUCGGUCUGCUGUACGAUCUGCUCCUGUUGAACAGUUUGGGAAUUUCGCUGGAGCAAAUUCAAAUAGCGGAAAUGCUAGUGGCGGUGGUGAUCCAUUCGAUGCUCUGCCUACCUUCUCAAACAAAAGCUUUAACUCAUCACAGGGGGGUCAUCCAUUUGUAGCAAAGGAAGUUCCACUUAAAUCUACUUCUACUGUCAGUCAAGACCCUUUUGCGUCUCCCAGCAACGAAGGAGUUUUUGGAGUUUUUCCAAAUAUUUCUGCGACAAACAACCUUGUAAAUGACGAUGGAUUCGGAGACUUUCAAAAAGGAUCUGCUAGCCACUCUUCUUCUGCCACUGUGAGUGGAGAUCCCUUUGCUGCAUCCAUGAAUGUCUCCGAUGAUCUAUUCAGCGGUGCUUCAAUACCCAAUUCAUCAAAUGCAGGGGAUCCUUUUUCUGGUUUAUCUUUUGGGGCAACAGGUGGGAAAAAUGGUAAUACGCAAUUUAUAGAUCCACUUACCUCGUUUGCUUCCUCUACCAAAGCACCUGCUAAAGCUGCCGAUCCAUUUGAAGCGUUAAACAAAAGUUUUACUUCUCAGAAACAGGUCGCACAAGAGAAGAGCAAAGAUCCCCUGGAUUCUUUAUUCACUUCUUCUACUGCUAGCCAGAGAGGUUUUACAAGUCAACCGCUUUCUGAGACUGAUGACUGGGGCUUGGACGGUGAUUUUGGAGGUGCUGACACAGGUCCUACGACAGAGCUGGAAGGGCUUCCUCCUCCUCCUGCAGGAGUCAAUAUUUCAAUAGCGAAAGAUAAAGGUAUGGAGAGUUAUAAGCAGGGUCAAUUUGCAGAGGCCAUAAAGUGGCUCUCAUGGGCCAUGGUUCUUUUAGAAAAGGGCGGCGAAGACUAUGGUGUUUCUGCAGAGGUCUUAACUUGCAGGGCAUCAUGCUACAAAGAAGUAGGAGAAUACAAAAAAGCUAUUUCUGACUGUUCUCAGGUGUUGGAUCAUGACAAAUCAAAUGCAGCUGUGCUAAUCCAACGUGCUCUUUUAUAUGAAAGCACUGAGAAAUAUAAACUUGGGGCUGAUGAUUUGAGAAAUGUUCUGAAGCUAGACCCUGCAAAUAGGUUGGCAAAAAAUACCCUGUCACGUCUGAUCAAAAUGGCUGACUAAAUUCAGUUAAUUUUAUGGUAUCUAUUUUUUUUUGAGCUUGUUUCUUGCCUGAUACCAAAGUUCUAGAUCAGAUACACAUUAUGUAGUAAGCCUCUGUUAAGGAGUCCUCAGAAUGGAGGAAUGCUUAUUCUUUUUUAUUCUAAAUUGUUUUGUGAUUUCUUUGGUAAUAAAAUGCUAAUAGAGCUCAUUAUGUUGUAA